CUCCUCCUUCUCCCGCUCCCUUUCCCUCUCCCUUCCUCUCCUUCUCGAUCUCUCCCGCUGUCUCUGUCUCCCCGUGAUUCGCUAUGCCACUUCGGUCCGCGACGUUUUCACGGGCAAUCCGUGAGUGACAGCUGCCAGUGGCCCAACACGGUGCGUGCGUGCGUGCGUGCGUGCUUCUCGCGGCAACUGACACGACGCGCAAUACCGGCCGGUGCGUGCGUGCAUGCCUGCGUGGAUUGCUCACGUGCGUGCGUACGUGCGUGCGUGCGUACGUACGUACGUACGUCUGUCGUCCUCGUUAUCCUCUCAUCGUCGUUGUGAAUAACGCGAAUAUAACGUUCGACGACACCGACCGUUCGCGCCCGCGAACUCGUGUGUUUAUUAUCUGAUACGGCGAAAGUGUGUGUCCACAACCCCCCCGGGACCUUGGAGCCGCCGCCGAUUUACCCGCGCGGAUCGCCGUUGCUCUUGGCAUCGACGCACUAUUUUCUUCUGCUGCUGCGUUUUGAUUUGUGGGUCAGGUCAUGGUAAGCGGCGGCAUGGCCGGGCAGCACUACUGCCUGCGCUGGAACAACUACCAGUCGAACAUGACAUCGGUGUUCCACCAGCUCCUGCAGAACGAGGCCUUCGUCGACGUCACCCUGGCAUGCAACGAGGCCUCGUUAAAGGCGCACAAGGUGGUGCUGUCGGCCUGCAGUUCCUACUUCCAGAAGCUGCUGCUGUCGAAUCCCUGUAAACACCCGACGAUCAUUAUGCCACAGGACGUGUGCUUCACAGAUCUCAAGUUCAUCAUCGAGUUCGUCUACCGCGGGGAGAUCGACGUCUCGCAAGCGGAGCUUCAGUCACUUUUGAAGACGGCCGACCAGCUGAAGAUCAAGGGUCUCUGCGAGGUGCCGGAGAGCCGAGACGGUCCGCCGUCCGUAAGCUUGAGCUCGCCACCGAGGGAGUCCGGCACCCCGAGAUUGAACUACACAAAGUUGAAGAAGCACCAUCCGCGGUACAAGCGGCCAAGAACCACGUUCGAACCACGCGCCACCGACCCGAGACAUUACGAGCGUUAUAAAGAGGAGGAAGUCAACGAAGAUUACAGCCGCGAUAAUAAAGAGAACCACCGGGACUGGCAAGCCGAAGAUGAUGAGUGCACGGAGACACCAACAGCAGCAGUAGUACUGGAUACCUGCCAGCGCAACAACAAUAACAACAACAAUAAUAACAAUAACAACGGUAACGGCGCGAAUAACAACAACAACAACAACGGUGACAUGUUCUGUCACACAGGGCUAGGUCACUAUGGCCAUCAUCCGGAUCCCGGAGAGGUCGAUCUACCCCCUGAGACGCAACCUACUCCGCCCAGCGCUACCUUAGUCGGCACCACCAUCACCCACCUGAGAGAUCCGGAUCAUCAUUCUACAGAGAUUCAGAAUUGCGACAGCGUCAAGAUAAAAUUCGAGACGUUACACACGAUGGACUCAUCGGACACGAUUGACAUAGACAGCCACAUGUCGGAUCGGGCUAGCGUGAGCUCGAAGAAUGCCGCCGACAGUGACAACAUGAUGAUGAUAACGCCGGAGCUGCUCGGGCUGAUGCCAUCGGGCAGUUCCGUGCACUCGGACUCCGGCGAGAAUAAUUCGAGGGGCCACUCUGGACAGUCCAGCUCGCACCAUCACGGCUCGAAGUCGUGGACGCAAGAGGACAUGGACGCGGCUCUGGAAGCCUUGAGGAACCACGACAUGAGCCUGACGAAAGCCUCCUCAACAUUCGGCAUUCCAUCGACGACACUGUGGCAACGGGCGCAUCGGCUAGGUAUCGACACGCCGAAGAAAGACGGUCCCACGAAGUCCUGGAGCGACGAGAGCCUGAACAACGCCUUGGAAGCGUUGCGCACCGGCACUAUCUCGGCCAAUAAAGCGUCCAAGGCGUUCGGUAUACCUUCCAGCACGUUGUACAAGAUCGCCAGAAGGGAAGGCAUCAGGCUAGCUGCACCGUUCAACGCGAGUCCCACGACAUGGUCGCCCGCCGAUUUGGAUCGCGCUCUGGAAGCGAUAAGAUCCGGCCAGACGUCCGUACAGAGAGCGUCCACCGAAUUCGGCAUCCCGACCGGCACGCUGUACGGACGAUGUAAGCGGGAGGGGAUCGAACUCAGCAGAAGUAACCCCACACCGUGGAGCGAAGACGCGAUGACUGAAGCUCUCGAGGCCGUCAGAUUAGGGCACAUGAGCAUCAAUCAAGCGGCGAUCCACUACAAUUUGCCAUAUUCCUCGCUGUACGGACGCUUCAAGAGGGGGAAGUACGAGGAAUCGGUGGUCGGCGAGAUUUCGCAGAUUUCACAGGACGGCAGCAGUCCGCAUUUCCAUCAGAGUCCCAACCAGAAUCACUCGUCCGCCCUUCCGGAUCAAAUGCCUUACCCGGGCAGCUGAAACUUACCUCUUUACUAGAGUAUUAAGUUAGCUUAAACCUUUCGAACUCUUCGAUUCGUCGCUGCAACAUUGACAGCUCCUCUUCAGAUUACGCGCGGAGAGGAAUCCCGAGAGAGAUUAAAGCGAGACCGGUCGGGAAUGCCGUUAUACAGACACACACUAUUAAAGCGGAGGGCAAGAUUACCCGCAGUAUUAAAAGGUGAAUUGCCGUAAGCGAGCAUUAUGUACAUUGUAUGAUUUUUAUGUCGGAACGAAGGAAGAAACGUAGAGACUAUAUUAUAAUAAUUUAUAAGAAUUAUUUAUAAAAAGAGAGAGCACUGUACAGAGGCCGAGGCGCGCGCCGCCAUGGCGAAAAAAUUAUUUUAGUGUGCGGGUACACUCGUUCGCGAAACGGUUUAAACACAUUUUAUUUCCGGUGAAGUUAAAAGCGCAUAGUCACAUAGUCACAAUUGUGAGCCACUGCUCACGAACCUUGCAUGAUAAUCAAUUGGCAAGAGUCAAAAUGGCAGUAUAGUUGGCGUCAUGUAGGCUACAUCGUUCCCUAAACGGAGAGUUACAUGGUUUUCAGCCUUACAUGUAACGCAAAGUUGAAAAUCGCAGAAAUAACUCUAUAAUGAUUGAGUUAUAACGGCUCUAAUUAUAAUAACAGUUUCAACACGUGUAAACAUGUGUGAAAGGCCGAAAAUUAUGUCAUAGUAAAAAGUUUCAAUUUAAGAAAUUAUAUAGUCAUUCAUGCAUGCAGUCUGCCACUUUUUUAUAAGUUUCGAGACGCAUGCCUAAUAGGUGAAUUUUUUUUUUUUAAUUCUCAGGAGAUACAUUUUCCUAUUACGGAACGAGAUGCGUUGCGAAACUCGUCGAAAAAAAUGUUGUGAACUUUUUUGUGACUGACCGUAUGCACCGUACAUGACUCCGACUGUAUAUGAUGUAAAUAUUGUCACAUCCCCUUUUACAGAAUUCUUAUCCGACAGUUAAAGAUAUAAUUAAAUAUCUAUGUUUCCUGAAUCCGUUGUAAUUGUGCAACGUCGGAUGGUCUCAGAAUGCGUUCGAUUUGGACGUUCAUACUUAUAAGCAUGAGUUGCUUUCAGUUGUUUAGUUUUUUGACGUUUAAGCAUUUACGGAAUACCGUUUACUUUGGUAAUUGCGAGCGAUUACAAGCGUUAAGAUGACGAAGGAUAAAGUACUGCACGUGUUAUUUUCUCAAAUGACCAUUUAAUCAUGAAUCGUUAUUGGAAAUCUUUUUUGACGACGGGGAAUAUAAAAAACCGUGUGAUAAGAAUUUAGAGGGCAUCAUUUAUAUUGCUGAAUAACCGUUUCAUUAAAGUCUACACGACUACAAGAUUAUGUACAAAAUAUUAUUCUAUGCUACAGUGACGAGUAAUUUAAAAAUCACACUUCAAGUCAUAAAUAUGAACUAUAUUUCCGAUAACAAAGAAAUUUGUAUACGCGUCUUUUAACACAACAAAGUUUACAUAUCGGACGCUGUCUUUCGGUGCUGCUGCGGCAUUCAAUUUGAACGUUUUCACGCUUUCGCUGCUCUACCUCGACGAAAAUAAGCGUUUGUGAGCGCAAGUUAUGAGAGAUUUCACGAUGAUGUCGUAACUCGCACUUUGGGCGUUUAUGGCUCCAAAGUGAACGGUGUGAACGAUGCUAGGUAGCGCCUCCGAACGUCCAAAUCGAACGCACCCGUAUUCACUUCGACUCCUGUCAUAACGAAUCACCGCUCAGAUUCGUGAGUAGAGGCUCGCAAUCGCGCAACUAUUCGAUACGUUCCUAACUUCUUACCGGAAAAAAAAAUAUAUUCAAACCAUUUCACAAACGAGAGUGUACCACCUUAACGAGGGUGAGAACGGAUACUGUCAUAGGCGAACAGUAUCCGGUUGAUCGAAACCACGAGAGAUUAAUGCGUCGUUCGUUCGUUCGUUCGUUCGUUCGUUGGUUGGUUGGUUGAUUGGUUUAUUAAUUGUCGUUACGUUGCAAUCGGAUCCAUUGCUGACUUCGGCAGCAGCGAUUUCGCGGUCGGUGCUUUCGACACUCGAUACCCCCACAUAACGUUUAUAUCGUGAGGCGAGUCGGGAUCGUGCAUGCAAUUCUCGUGCAACGAGAAUACUACGCGAGGACGUACGCGAGCGGCGCCGUUAUGGGAAGAGAGAGAGGGAGAGAGAGAGAGAGAGAGAGAGAGAGAGAGAAAGCGUACGCCUAUCAUCUUAACGCAUGAAAUUUGAAUACGUAAUGACGAAAGCGGCGGUAUAAGACGCGGCUGAAGCUUAAAGGCGAUAAGGGCAUAAAAACUAUUGCGAGUGAUAUUUCAUGAAGCUGCAAAUAAUUUUUUUAUCAGCACGACGCGUUCACCUCUGUUUCGCAACGUUAUCGUAUCCAACAGGAUCGGCUGAGAAGAAAAAUUUUUUUUUAUUCGACAUGAGAAAAGGAUGAAAAAACAAUUCUUUCCACAAGAGGGAAAAGUGAUGGAGUAUUUACGAAAUAAGUGCGGCUUUUAUCAGCUUAGGAAAAUUUAAGAUCCUCCCUCUCAGCUCAACUGCCACUCGUAUAAAUAUGUUACACACAUUAAUUUAUCAUGCUCACACCUACUAUAUUACCUAAAUAUUAUA